AUGUGCGGCCCUGAGCUGUGGCAGGGAUGUGGCAACGCAGAAGGGAGCCAGGGGAUGGGCUCCCAGCAAUCUGGGGGCCAUGGAGACUGGUUUGAGCACAGGGGGAGUGGGCUAGGGCUAGCCCUGGUGGUGGCACAGAAUGUGGCCCUGUACACAGGCGACCCCAACCUGGGGCUGGAGCUGUUUGAGGCAGCUGGAGACAUCUUCUUCAAUGGGGCCUGGGAGCAGGAGAAAGCCGUGUCCUUCUACCGGGUGUACCUGCAGUGUGUGAGAGGAAGGAGGCUGGCGAAGGUGGGUGUGGCCACCUCGCCAGGUGUGGGUCUUGAGGGAACUUCUGCUUCCUUUCAGGUGGCACAGAAUGUGGCCCUGUACACAGGCGACCCCAACCUGGGGCUGGAGCUGUUUGAGGCAGCUGGAGACAUCUUCUUCAAUGGGGCCUGGGAGCAGGAGAAAGCCGUGUCCUUCUACCGGGACCGGGCCCUGCCCCUGGCAGUGACUACGGGCAACCGCAAGGCGGAGCUGCGGCUGUGCAACAAGCUGGUGGCACUGCUGUCCACGCUGGAGGAGCCCCAGGAGGGCUUGGAGUUUGCCCACAUGGCCCUAGCACUCAGCAUCACUCUGGGGGACCGGCUGAACGAGCGUGUGGCCUACCACCGGCUGGCCACCCUGCACCACCGGCUGGGCCACGGCGAGCUGGCGGAGCACUUCUGCCUCAAGGCCCUGUCGCUCUGCAACUCGCCGCUGGAGUUCGACGAGGAGACCCUCUACUACGUGAAGGUGAACCUGGUGCUCGGUGACAUCAUCUUCUACGACCUGAAGUUCUGCUUUGCAGAUGGGAAAGUGAGUCUGGGAACCUGGAAGGGACUGGCCAGAGCUGCCCAGGUGACCGCAGGGAGCCACGUCUUCACACCUGCCCCUUUGGCCUGCACCCCAGGGGACCGGCUGAACGAGCGUGUGGCCUACCACCGGCUGGCCACCCUGCACCACCGGCUGGGCCACGGCGAGCUGGCGGAGCACUUCUGCCUCAAGGCCCUGUCGCUCUGCAACUCGCCGCUGGAGUUCGACGAGGAGACCCUCUACUACGUGAAGGUGAACCUGGUGCUCGGUGACAUCAUCUUGUACGACCUGAAGACUGCGGAUGGCAGUGCACGCCCCCUCCAUUCUGGCUUCUCAGCUGCCCACCAGGCCAUCCCUCUCUGCCAGGCCACCUGGAGCCUGGCCGUGUGCAUGCGGGGUGGACAGCACCUGGAAUACUUGGGCCGGCUUGGCUGGGGGCUGCGGUUCCUGUGCAGGGUGGAGUUAGCGCCCCAUCCCAUUCCCUGGCCCCAUGGCCCCUCUGAGAAGACCCUCCACAUACUGCCAGGCCUUGACCACCAGUAG